AUGACAAUACAAUAUAUACAAAUUUCAGGGUAGAAAAGAUUAAGGCAGAGAACUAUUGAGAUUUUUUUUUUUAAAGAGGUGGGCAGAGGAGAAGCAUCAUAAACUUUUAGCAAAGUAAUUUGGAUAAAUCUUAUAAAAUCUUACAAAGUCAAGAAAUAUCUAUCCAGUCCUGUAAUAGUUGCUUAGAUGUAUGUCAUAAUAUGUUGCCAGGGAAGUUGUCAUGGGUCACAGGUCACUUCCAUCCAUUUGAGCAUGCUUUACUUUCUAAGCAAGAAGCCACCAUGGGAGACCUUUUUUCUUUAUUUUGGGAGGUAGAUCCUCCUCCCAUACCUUUAAGUUUUUCCAUUCCAAAUCAGGAUCAUGAAUGCCAGAAGGAUGAGUCUUGUGGGACCAUAGGGAGCUUCCUGCUUUGGUAUUUUGUCGUCAUAAUGGUUUUGAUGAUCUUUUCUCGGUUUUCUAUCUGGAUGUCUGAGAAUAAAAAGGAUGAAGAUAGUGGGACAAGUCCUUCACUAAGUAAAGCAAGCAAAGACUCCUCCUAUAAGAGGCAACAUAAAGAUCAUUUCUGGGACUCGUCACAAAUGAAGAAAUCAAAGCAGAGCCAACUUUCCCCUGUAACUGACUCAGAAGUGGCCUUGGUAAGUGCGUAUCUUGAACAAAGACGAGCCAAGCGCCAUGCUCAGUUCCACCAAGUGAAUCAGAUCCAACCUGACAGCGAUACUACUGAAUGUGACAGUGAAGAAUCUUAUUCGGGGGCCUCCUCAUGGAAAGAGAGUGAAAGUGAACACCACCCAUCACCAGCCAGUAUUAAAAGAAGAAAAACGGCCCAGAGGCCAAGGAAUGUGGGAAGUUACCAAGUAAGGGACAAGCCCUGCCUCCACUGCAAAGCCAUGAGAACCAACGAAUGGUUGACACGUCAUUUCCUACAAACCAACUCAGAAUCAGCCCCCAUGAAGGGAGAUGCUCAAGAGGAAAAUUCUAUGCCUGACAUUAAUACAAAAUUCAGUAAAUUUUGAAUGUUGUCACUCUUUCUUUACUUGAAGCCCAACGAAACAGAUGAAUAAAACGUGAAAAAUCAUCAGAGUCCUAGGUGAGGAGACUUUUACAAUAAAGCCUUUAUAACAACAAACAAAAACAUACUUGGAACUCAAGAGAUAGAAUUUGACACAAUUCUUUAUUUGCCAAAAGACCAGAAAAUGUAUUUAUGGCAUCAUUUGGAACACUGAAGAUCUGCAUCCAUUAUGCUUUUUUUCAUUCAAAUGAGCCCAGAGUAUACAUAUUUU